AUGGCAGUCGUGGCAGCCUUCCUCCGCAGGCAAGGGAUCCAGGUAUUCCCUUACCUGGACGAUUGGCUCAUCAAGGGCAGGACCAAGGCACUUGUGGAGGCUCAGGUGGUCUUCAUCAGGCACACCUUCAGCUCCCUCGGCCUCUUAAUCAACAAGGCCAAGUCCACUCUUUCUCCAACACAAAGAAUCGAGUUCAUAGGAGCACUUCUGGACUCGACACAAGCCAGAGUAUAUCUCCCAGAGGCCAGGUUCCGAACUUUGUCCAACAUCAUUCUCGGCCUCCAAAGUUACCCUACCACCACAGUAAGAAGCUGCCUCAAAUUGCUAGGGCACAUGGCAGCACCAAAUGUGACUCUGGAUCCAGAUACGGCUCAUCGUGACCUCGUCCUCUCUAAGGAUCAGAAAAGUGUGAGAUGGGGAGACACACGGCCGGAUCUGCCCAACAACUCUGAGAGAUUUGACUCUGUGCUCUGUGUGCUGGGGUGUGAGGGAUUCAACUCGGGGAGACAUUGCUGGGAGGUGGAGGUGGGGGAUGGGCAAUACUGGGCUGUGGGGGUGGCCAGAGAGUCUGUGAGCAGGAAGGGACGGAUUGAGCAUAACCCUGAGACGGGGAUCUGGGCUGUGCAACUGUGGGGGGAUGAGUUCCGGGCCCUCACUUCCCCUAUAAUCCUCCUGCCCCUGAGCCAAGUCCCCAGCAGGAUCCGGGUUUGUCUGGACUGUGAUCAGGGGCAGGUGACAUUUUUCGAUGCUGGUAAUGAGACCCUGAUCUUCACUUUCCCACCCGCCUCUGUCCCUGGGGAGAGAAUCCGACCCUGGGUCUGGCUGGGGUGGAGAGCCCAGCUCAGACUGUGUCCCAUGUGGGGGAGGGAAUAUCCAACUGUGGCUAAAUAA